AUGCCGGCCUCCGACGUUUUCGCCGCUGGGUCCACCGCCCUCGUAACCGGCGGCGCCUCGGGCAUCGGACUGGCCGUGGCCAAGCUGUGCCGCGCCAAGGGCAUGAAGGUCCUCCUCGUGGACCGCAACUCCGCCGCGCUGCGCCAGGCUGAGCAGGAUGUGUCCGGCGCAGACGGUUCCUUCGCUGUGGUCUCGAUCGUCGCCGACGUGAGCCAGGAGGACGACUGGCGCGCCAUCAAGGACAAGGCCGUCUCGGCGUUUGGUAGCAUCGAGCUGCUGGUGCUCAACGCGGGCACCGGAUCGCGAGGGACGUGGGGAGACAGUGACUACUUCCGAACGACGCUCGAGACAAACAUUUUUGGCGUCGUGAACGGAGUCAACGCCCUGCUGCCCGUGGUGCGUGACGCAGCCAAGACCAAGCCAACUGCAGUUGUCAUUACCGGCAGCAAGCAAGGCAUCACCAACCCACCGGGCAAUCCCGCAUACAACGCCUCCAAAGCCGCCGUCAAGACCCUUGCCGAGCACCUGAGCUUCGACCUCAGGGCCGAGAGGACGACGGUCCACCUCCUCGUCCCGGGGUGGACCUACACCGGCCUCACUGGGGCCGCUGCCGGCAAAGACAAGCCCGCGGGCGCGUGGAGCGCGGAGCAGGUCGCCGACUUCCUGUACGAGAAGAUGCGCCGGGACAAGUUCUACGUCAUCUGCCCGGACAACGACGUGUCGGAGGAGACGGACAAGAAGCGCAUGCUCUGGUCUGUCGGCGACAUUGUCAAAGAACGGCCGCCGCUAACGCGCUGGCGCGAGGAGUGGAAGCAGGAGGCUGAGGAGACUAUGGCCAAGACGCAGGUGUGA